AUGGAUUGUGCACUCAAGAUUGGAGCGCUGUUAUUCCUCGCCUAUGGCUGGUGGGGUUGGCGGACGACCUUAGGCAGCACUCCCGUCGACAUGUUCGAGCAGUGGAUAGCUCAGCACGGGCGAGCGUACGAGGACAAAGCCGAAAAGUUAUAUCGCCUUGGUGUGUUCACCAGGAACAUGGAGCACGUGAACGCCUUCCUCCAAGCCGGGGGACACAGCUACACCAUCGGCCUCAACCGCUUCGCGGACCUCACAAAGGAAGAAUUCCUUGCUACCUACACCACCGGACGCAUGAGGCCAUCAGACGCCUCAUAUCCAGGGUUGCAGCCUUUCCGGUACGUGAAUAUGACUGCUCCCAGUAGCAUCGAUUGGCGGAAUAAGGGAGUGGUGACCCCUGUCAAGGACCAAGAAACGUGCGGAUCUUGUUGGGCAUUCUCUGCUGUAGCAUCGAUGGAAAGCAUCAACAUGAUCGCGAAGGGGAGCCUCAUACCUUUGUCGGAGCAACAACUGCUCGCCUGUGACGACAACGAUGAUGGAUGUGGCGGAGGUCUGCAUUACCGAGCAUUCUCAUACGUCGUCUCCAAUGGAGGCAUCACGACGGAAGCGAACUAUCCGUACCAACCGAAUGAGUCCACCUGCAACUCCACCAAGCAAUCGGACCAUGCCGUCUCCAUAACCGGCUACGGGAUCGUUCCCACGAACGACGAGAAGUUACUCAUGAAUGCAGUGGCCAACCAACCAGUCUCCGUCUCCAUCGAUGCCGGCGAGUUCCAGUUCUACGCAGGUGGCAUCUUCGACGGGCCUUGUGAUACGUACCUGAAUCAUGAAGUCACUCUCGUGGGCUACGGAACAGAUGAGAAUGGGACUGCGUAUUGGAUAGCUAAGAAUUCAUGGGGCACGUCGUGGGGUGAUCACGGCUACAUUCUGCUCAAGAAGGACGUUGCUCAAAAGGAAGGACUGUGUGGUCUUGCCAUCCGCGCUUCUUAUCCCAUCAUCUAAGUAAGGCCUAAAUUGGCAGCUCAAGCUUUCCAUCUUCGCAAAUGCACCAUCUUUUCAUAUGUCUUUCUCCCAAAUUUGUAUUUGCUGUGAAAGCUAUUUUUAAGAAAAUAAAGAAGAGAUUUA